GUGGCAACCUAUUGUGAGCCGGAUCAGGGCAGCCAAAUUGAACAGGGAUUGUACACGUUAACAACGGCAACGUGGCGACAUCAUUUUGAUCCGGCAUUUUGCAGAAUGCGUGCAACGACAGCACGUGAAUAUAGCGACGCUUUGCUACGUACCGAAAAAAUAGAACGCGAUUUAUUGCUGAAGCAAUCACCGGGCAAUCGUUCCUGUGAUCAUUUAUGGAUCCCGUAUCGCCUCUUCUCAUUCAGCACUGAAUGGGAUGCUCGUUGCGGUAGAUUCCUCGUUUCGCCGUCAUUUUUCAAGCUAAUGCAUCAGAUUAUUUACAUUCAUGUGGAAUUGCGACAGUUAACGGAAGCAAUUUUUCAAACCGCUGUUUACCUGCUUACAUUAUUUGUCAAAUAUGUCUCAUCCAGAGAAUUUCCUGAUUGGUCAACAAAAAACCUGGUCUCCUUAGUGCAUUGGACAAAACUGUUUCCGGAUCUGUACCAGCAGUCGAAUCCAGUGGAUACAGUUCUUUCAGUGUUCACUCGUCCUGAUUAUCUUUCGGUUGGAAAGUAA